AUGUGCUCUCCUUGCAAUCGUCCGCCUACUACUGACGAAAGAACUGUCACCUUCAAGAUUUUCCGCGACACUGUGCCGAGAUUCACAAUAACUUACAAGGACAAGAAGGACCUGUACGAUGCUUUCAAGAAAAAGAUCUCUGAACUCGACUUCAAUGUGGGAAGCAUCUAUUACGUUGACUUUGACGGUGACCAAAGCAUAAUCUCGAACGCUGACGAACUAUACAACGCAAGCAGAGGGAACGACACUGUGAAACUACUCGCACGUGUCGACGACGACGACGUCAUCUGCUGCUCUGAUGAUGGCUCCGAAUCCGAAAUCGUGACCGCUGCCCAUGGCGCUCGCGCAGCCGCACUCGCUCUAGAAGUCGCGGUUGCUCCGGCGGCGAGUCGCGCCCGCACAGCCGUCCUGGAUCCCGCUCCAGAAGUCGUAACCGUCCGCAUUCGCAUGAUCCCGGUCACAGACAUCAUGGUCCUCCUCGUUCUGGAAGUCAUGGCCACUGCCGUAGCCGCUCUCGUUCGCCCAGUUGGCGCGGACCCCGCUUUGACCACCAUGGACCCCAUGGACCACGCGGACCUUGGGGAAUGCCAUUUCCACCGUUUGGAGGACCAUUCGCUCGCAUGCGCCAUUCCUUCCGCGAUCGCCCACACUGGGACGGACCAUGGGACUUUCCCAACUUCGAACGCCGUCACGGACAUCAUCAUGGAUGGGGACCAGGUCGCUGCCCAUGGGCUUUCUGGGGACGUACGCCAUGCUGAGUGUUAUAUUGGAAGCAAGAGCUUCAGCACUUGA